CGUGGCGGCGACUUGCGAACGUGUCAUCCGCGCUCAAGACUCUGAAGAGUACUCAUUCAUAAAUACAACCAAGGUUACAAUUCCCCGUAUUCCUUGCACUCUUAUCGUUUGUUAUCCAAGUGACCUUCAAGACUCACCCAAAAUGUCACUCAUCGUCCUCAUAUUUAUGCUCGUUUUCGUCACAGAGCUCAUAUCAUGGAUAGGAACAUCCGUUCUCCUCGAUCUUGCAUACGGCCUCUACAUAAGGCUCUUUUACGCCUCUGCAGUUUCGCGACAGCGAGAACUCAAAACCGAAAUUCUGACAACGAAGAAGGAGCUUCUCAGUACAAGCGCGCAGGACCAAUUUGCAAAGUGGGCAAAACUGCGAAGGAGCGUUGACAAGGGGCUUGCGGAAUUGGAGAAGAUCAAUGGAGAAUUAUCCUCGAAUAAAACCACAUUCUCCCUCAAGUUCAAAAGCAUGCUCUGGAUUCUGACAACGGGUCUGCAGUUUGUCGUCGGCUGGUGGUACAGAAAAUCUGCUGUAUUUUAUCUCCCACCGGGCUGGUUAGGCCCCAUCACUUGGUGGAUGUCCUUGCCUUUUGCACCCAAAGGUUCAGUGAGUGUUGGAGUGUGGCAAAUGGCAUGUCGCAGGGUGAUUAAAGUGGGAGAGCGCACAGUGCGAGAUAUGAUUAAACCAUCAGCGAUACUGUCAGAACCGGUGGCUGUGGAAACGGAAUCCAAGGCUUCCGCAGAGCAGAAGAAAAAGUCGUGAAACGGAGGACAGCUACGCGGGUGUUAAAUAAUGAUAUUGUAGGGUUCUUUGGAAGUGCUCGCACAACCGGCGGUACGGGAUUACAAUAUUGGUAUUGUUUGAGGACGGAAUGCCAUUU